AUGAUUACAAAUGCUAUUCCUGUCCCCUCCGUCUACCGUGCUCCUAUCCGCCCAGACAUUGUUCGUUUUGUCCACACCAACAUGGCCAAGAAUAAGCGUCAGCCUUAUGCUGUCUCUGACAAGGCAGGCGAACAAACCUCUGCUGAAUCUUGGGGCACUGGUCGUGCAGUUGCUCGAGUUCCUCGCGUCAACGGUUCAGGUACACAUCAUGCUGGCCAAGCUGCUUUUGGCAACAUGUGUCGUGGUGGCCGUAUGUUUGCACCUACCAAGGUGAUGCGUCAAUGGCAUGUCAAGAUCAACUUGAAUCAAAGAAGAUUUGCUACUGUCUCUGCUUUAGCUGCUUCUGGUCUCCCUUCUCUAGUUAUGGCACGUGGUCAUCGUAUCAGUAAGAUUGAAGAAGUUCCUCUGGUGGUAGAAGACAAAAUCGAGUCUUUGGUCCGUACAAGACAGGCUGUUAAUACGCUCAAGUCGAUCCAUGCUUACAGUGAUGUCGAAAAGGUCAUUCGCUCUCGCAAGACUCGUGCUGGUCAAGGUAAACUUCGCAAUCGUCACUUCCGUCAACGCCGCGGUCCUCUCAUCGUCUAUAACCAAGACAAUGGGAUCGUUAGGGCUUUCCGCAAUAUCCCUGGUGUCGAGCUGGUCAAUGUGCGUCAUUUGAAUGUGAUGCAAUUAGCUCCUGGUGGUCAUUUGGGUCGAUUCAUUAUCUGGACUGAAAGCGCUUUUGCCCUAUUGGACGAACUGUACGGCACCUACGAGACUCCCUCAUCGAUGAAGAAGGAUUAUCAACUGCCUGAUAAUAUCAUGGCCAAUCCUGAUGUCGCUCGUUUGAUCAACUCGGAUGAAAUUCAAUCUGUGGUUCGUCCUGCAAUGACCAAGCAUACCAAGAGACCGUUCACGCAAAAGAAGAACCCGCUCAAGAACCAAGGCAUUAUGAAUCGCAUGAAUCCCUAUGCUCAAGUAUUGCGUCGUGCUGAACUGCUGCAGUCUAACAAGAAGAACCAACAGCGCCAGUCCUCUUUCAUCUCCAACAAAAAGUGUAAGUAG